AAAUAACAUUAAUAAAAAAGAAAAGAAGAGAAGUGACGGAAGCAGAUAUAAUUAUUAAUCAGGUGGCUAAGAUAGCGUAGAUAUUCCCUCACCUCUCGAUCUGCUUGACCAUGGAUGGUGGCGCUGCUGCUCCAACUCUGUUCCCGCUUCAUCGCUGCAAAACCAUUCACCUGGUCAGGCAUGCGCAGGGGAUCCACAAUGUCGAGGGAGACAAGAACUACAAGGCUUACAUGAACCCCGAUUACUUUGAUGCUCAUCUCACCCACUUGGGCUGGCAACAGGUUGACAAUUUGCGAAAUCAUGUUCACUCCUCCGGUCUCAUAAACAAGAUUGAUCUUGUCAUAGCGUCUCCUUUAAUGAGGACUCUACAAACAGCUGUUGGAGUGUUUGGUGGUGAAGGCUACACAGAUAAAGCGGAUGUGCUGCCUCUUAUGGUGGCAAACGCAGGAGCUUGCAAUCGAGCUGCAAUUUCAAGUCUAAAUGCCCCACCAAUCGUUGCUGUUGAGCUUUGUCGUGAACAUUUGGGAGUUCAUCCUUGUGAUAGAAGAAGAAGUGUUAGCGAGUAUCAGUUUCUUUUUCCUGCUGUUGAUUUUUCGCUGAUAGACAGCGAUGAAGAUAUUUGGUGGAAGGCCAAUGUUAGAGAGACAAAGGAAGAACUUGCAGCUAGGGGGAUGAAGUUCAUGAACUGGUUAUGGACACGAAAUGAGAAGGAGAUAGCAAUUGUGACACAUAGUGGAUUCUUGUUUCAUACUUUGAAUGGAUUCGGAAAUGAUUGCAACCCCUUGGUGAAGAAGGAAAUAUCCAAGCACUUUGCCAAUUGUGAGCUUCGCUCGAUGGUCAUUGUCGAUAGAAGUAUGACAGGAUCAACAGCAUCAACAACCAACUAUCCAGGGAAGAUACCUCCAGGUCUGGACCUCCCUAGUGAUGUUGCAGACGAGAACCUUCCGAAAUAGGAUGUUUGGCUCUCUUUCUUAUGCUGAAUGUGUUUACUAUGAUUCAGAGAGACAUAAUCUCAAAAUCAUUAUUAAUUGAAGAUUAUGUGUCUUAGGAAAUCUAACAUGAUUGUUUCAGAUUUCACAAACUGCUGGUUCUGUCUUGAAAGUUGAAACUAUUAUAGAAUAUUGUCUGUAUAAAAAUAUUUUGUGGGACCUAUUUUCAAACCAAGUAUUUCCUUGUAGGGAAAUCAGAUGCCCCCUGAUAACAGAGAAACACCUUUUUUCUUGAUGGAAAAGUUUAGGUGGAGGAAGACUGUCUUUCUUGUAUGAGAAACACAAUGUUAAACUAAGUUUACUUUGGGAUUGAGCUGAUCAUUGUCAAAA